AUGACCAGUGGAGUGCUGUUUCUCUGGAUGGUUUUUGAGCUCUGUCUGACUCAGGCCACAUCACAGACCGUGACAGGAUUCCUGGGUCAUUCUGUAAAGUUGCCUUGCUCCUACAGUGUUUCAGCUAAAAGCACUCGAGUGAUGUGCUGGGGAAAGGGUUUUUGUCCCAAUAGCAAAUGCAGUGGAGAGAUUGUCAGGACUGAUGGAAAUCGAGUGACGUGGUCCAAGUCUUCAAAAUAUCAACUUCAAGGAAAUAUUGGGAGAGGUGAUGUGACCCUGACUAUUCAAAACACAAAUGAAUUAGAUACUGGAACAUACUGCUGCCGGAUAGAGGUGCCUGGGUGGUUUAAUGAUAUCAAAAAGAACAUAGUUCUGCUACUGGAGAAAGCUCCAACAACAACUCGUCCAACUACAACCACUCGUCCGACUACAACCACUCGUCCAACUACAACCACUCGUCUAACUACAACUCCUCUUCCUUCUACAACUACUCAUCUGGUUACAACACUUCUUCCAGCUACAACGACUCUUCUUCCAACUACAAAUCCUCUUCUUGCUACUACUCAUCCAGUUACAACAACUCAUCUGACUACAGCACCUCUUCCUGCUACAACCCCUUAUCUGGCUACAACAAUUUGUCCAACUACAAUGGGCACAAAAACUCUCCAAAGAACCACUUCAGCUAUUUCUAACCUACCUAUGACACACCAGCUAUCUACAAUCACUCUCAAGUCAAACACAGCAGUUCUUCCUUGGAAAACAAAUACUAAUCAAGCAAUAACCCCAACUCUGACUACUCUCCCACUGACAGAAGUUGCCCCUAUGACUACAGAAACAGCAAGUUUUCCACAAAAUGAUUCUGAAUCCACAGAGGUAAAAGCUUGGGGAGACCCUGAACUACUGGUCAUCAUUGUCCCAUUGGUGGGAUUUGUGAUCCUUCUGAUGCUGCUGGCUUUUAUUUUGAGAGGUAAAAUCAUGAGAAAGAAUUAUUCAGAUAUACACAAAAGGUUAAAUAAUGUUGGAGAAGUUAACAAUACCCAUAGUAACUUACCUAAUGGAAUAGAAGAAGAAGAUGGCUUUUUCACCCUCUAAUAGCUUUCCUUUGGAGCAGUAUGGAUGUGUGUGUGUGUGUGUGUGUGUGUGUGUAGGUGAUGUUGGAGGUUUAACAAUAAGUUGUUCUAAAAUGUACUAAAAUAUAUAUACCAGAAAUAAAUGAAU